GCAUGCUUCAGAAGGUCAGCUGAUCAUUUACUUCAUUCAGAGUGGUGAACAGUAGCCUGUCACUUUUAAGCUAGCACGCAACGUAACUGUUCGACGCUGUAACGCUGUAAUUCGUUGAGGAAGAAGCCAAGCAUGAUCUUUUCAUUCCAGUUUCUCAGCUAGCAACCCACUCUCCCAAAGAUGGCAGACACAAACCAACAAAGUCCUCCUCCCCAGCUAGGGCCAUUGCAAUUUUUAAUGAGUAACAAGCUGGAAACUGCAAUGUGGCUUUCUCGACUCUUCACAGUCUACUGCUCCGUUAUGUUUAUUCUACCAAUUUUGGGCCCGUAUGCAGCAGCUAACUUCUAUCAGCGAGCCUUGUUAGCGAACGCUCUUACCAGCGCCCUGCGCUUGCACCAAAGGCUCCCACGCUUCCAGCUGAGCAGAGCUUUCCUGGCCCAGGCUCUUCAGGAGGACAGCUGCCACUACUUGCUCUACUCACUCAUCCUAGUCAACUCCUACCCCAUCACGAUGAGCAUCUUCCCAGUCUUCCUCUUCUCUGUGCUCCACGCCACCACCUACACAAAGAAAGUCCUCGACUCUGUGGGCCCCAAUAGCUUGAUGUUCAUCAGAAACCUCCUGGACAAACUGACAUCCAAUCAGCAGAACAUCCUCAAGUUCAUUGCCUGCAAUGAGAUCUUCUUGAUGCCAGCCACUGCUUUCAUGCUCUUCAGUGGCCAGGGUAGCUUGCUGCUGCCUUUCAUUUACUACAGGUUCCUCACCCUCCGCUACACAUCCAGAAGAAACCCAUACUGCCGCACCUUGUUCACAGAGCUACGAAUUCUUCUGGAGCACUUCAUCAUGAAGCCCGCUUGCCCCGCCUUCUUCAGGAAGAUGUGCCUCAGCAGCAUCGCCUUCAUCAGCCGCCUCGCCCCCGCGGCGGUUUGAUUCAACCACGUAGACGUUUGGUUUUCUUUCUGUUUUGGUUUUCCACCAUUUGACAUGUGAACUUUGAUGAGGACAGACAUUGCCAUCAACAGAAGGAACUGUUUUUUGAAUGUCAACUUUACAGUCUCUGCUCUAACGUCUCUGUAUAUUUGAGUAUGGUUGAAGAGCAGCCAGUAAUGCACUGAAGUCUCAUGGUGAUAUUUCUUUUCCCAUCUUCUUAAUGUGACCUCAUUCAUACGGUGGACACCUCUCACUUUUAUGUUCACUGGAUGCAGCGCAGUUAGACUUAAACUGUGAUCUGCAUGUUCUGGCAGUUAUUUUCUUUAUGUCCUUAUUUAUUCAUGAAAAUCACUUAUUCAAAUAUGAAACAUUAACAUUAGUAACUUAAAUUAAAUGUGCUUAUACAUUAUUCAUUUCUUUUUUUAACAUGAUCAUGUUGUGCUUGGAUAGAUGGAGGGCUUGUUUUCCGUUUCUAUGUGGUCCAAUUUUUUUUUAUGUGCAAAGCAUCCAGUGCUCUGAUUUGUUUAAAUGCCUAAAUUAAAAUGUGUUCUAUUAAUGCCAUUGAACCACUCUUUUUAACAACAUGCAAAAUCUAUACAUGUGUGAUGUCAAAAUAGCUGUUGAACUGAGAAACAAGAUAUCUGCUGUAUUUUAUAGAAUGUUUUAAGGUACCAGACAUUAGCUGUAGGAUUCGUGCUUGAACAGAGUUACACAAUGUCAUGUGUUGAAUGAGUUUCUUCUUGUUCGAAAGCUGUUUUGAAAUUUGCUUCAUUUAUUUGUCGCUAAGUAGUUUUCAUCCUGAAUCCAUGC